UGUAUAUGAAUUCUUAUGGUAAUUAAAUUCCUUUUGAAUUAUAAUAAAUCCAAGAAUAAGAAUUAGAAGCUCGUAAAAAAGAGAGCGGAAAUAAAAACUAUAAAAUUCCUAAUUUAUUUUUUGUGACUCCUUGGUAAUUUAUUAUUCAAUUAUUAGGAAUAAGGAAGGAUAUAGAUUAACAAUUAAAUAUGCAUAAAAAUUAGAUAUGAUUAGUCCAGCAUGGUUUAGUAUUAGAUAUAAUAAUGUUGUUGAUGGUAAGUAGACAGUAAAUGAAUAGUGGAUGUAAGAAAUAGUCUAAGCAAAUCCUUAAAUUGCAAUAAUUCCUAGAGUAUAAAUAGAAUUACAAGAAAGUUCAUUUAUUUAACAAAUCAAUAAUCCAUAAUUAUUGGAAACAAUAAUAAAUUUAGUGUAAUAUUAUUCAAAUAAAUUUCAUGGAAUUAUGAUUGAUACACCUUUUAUAUCAUAUAUUGACACUUUUGAUGCAUAAGACAUAGUUAAAUUUCUUCAAAAAUUAAAAACCAAACUUGGUAAUAAAAUAUUAGUAUUAACAUUAUAUGGUAUUUACAAUUCUCAACAAUAUAAGCAUUCUACUCUAAGAAAGUUAUUCAAAGUAGCGGAUUAUACUUUAAUAUAAACAUAUGAUUAUUAGAUACAAGUUGAAGAAGAUUUAAUGUUAUCACCAUAUUCGUGGAUUUAAGAUAAUUUAGAAUAUUUUAUGACUUACAAAGAGAAAUUGUUAUUCGUAAUAAUAAUUGUAUUAUAAAAUAUAGGGAAUUCCUUUUUAUGGAUUCAAAAAAACUGAAUAAGAUACUACACAUUUUAUGGGUAGUGAAUUAUUAAAAUUGAAUGCAUCCAAUUUUAUAACAGAAUGGGAUAAAUCUACUUCUGAGUGUAUAUACAAAAAUGAUUAAAUUUCUAUUUCUUAUCCUUGUCCUGAUUUUCUUAUAUACCGAUUAUAAUUAAUAAAAAAAUUUGGAAGAGGAUACUUUGUUUGGGAAGGAGGACAAGGUAUAGAACUGUUUUAUCAACUUUUAUGA